AUGACCUCACCCCUCACCACCCCCACCCAUCCCCCAGCCUUUAAAUACCCUUUGGACUGGCACGAAAAGACGCCAGAGGAGAGGUGGAAUACACAACCCAACCUCCGCGCGAGGGAGCUCUCUUCACCCCGCCUCAUCCGCGCAGAACUACCCUCAGAGCCAGACUACGCCUUCCGCGACGCGGAGAUAAGGGAUGGAUUGUGGGGGCUCAUGAGCGCUGUGGAGGAGUUUGCUGAGAGAUAUUUCGCUUCUGGCGCUGACCCCGCACACACGAUGACGGAUGAGAACGAGGAUGUCAAGGUGAAGAAAUCGUGGUUCAAAACCCUAACACCAGCGACAACGAAACUAAUCAACUGUGUGGCGAGUGGAGGGCCGAGUGGACUAUGGGGGUGGCACGAUCUUUUUGUCAACAAAGAGACACUGCGUGCGUUGGUUUGUGCGAUGAUUGGGAAUGUGUUGAGUGAGCAGGUGUUGCAGCAUGCGUUCUUUGGUGGGACGGAGGAGGGUGUUAGAGCUGUGAGCAAGGUGCAGAGGGAGAUGAAGGAUCAGGAUGGAUUUGACAGGAAUGCACGGUAUGCAGCGACUAUCCGCGCCCACCUCCCGACCCCGACAUCCCUCCCGCACAACUUCAACGCCCACGUCAACACCAUCAUCGGAGCACUAUGGACACACCUCUCGCCUCUCCUCUCACUAGUCCACCCACCUGCCCACCCCGCCUCUACACCACUACCGAUCCUCGCUCCGACACUCAAAACCGUCUUCGGUGACCUCCAGCGCCUCACCGUUUCCGCCGGCAUGCUCUCCCUGCACAUGCACCUCGAUCCGCACACAGCAUACCACCACGUCCCGCUCUUCAAAGAAGAUAACUACGAUUCGUCGAUUAUGGAGUGUUGGAACGACCCUUCUAUGCGCCAACGAAAUAUGCGGAAUAAGUACGAAGACGUAGACGAGGAAGAGCAGAAGCGGCGUGAUGCGUUGAGUGAAUCUGAGAAGAAGCGUGCGAGAGGCGACACGGCGUUGACGCAAAUUAUAUGUUUUAACGGUGUGACUGCGUAUCGCCGUGGCGGCUGGGAGGAUGCUUCGUCUACCGCUAACAAUCCCGCCUACGAGAAAGGAGAGUACAAGAAUAUGGGUGUGAGGGUGAGGGUGCUUACGCAGGGGUUGGUGUAUUGUCGCUGGGGACGGGCGCUCAGUUCGCAAAAGGCUGCUGAGAUGGAUAAAGAGACGGGGAAGAAGAUACAUGGGGAUGCGUGGAGAGAGGGUGGGUUCAAGCAGUUUACGGAUGUGGAGGGUGUGUUUGAUUGGUUGGGGGCGGAGAGGGAGGAGAAGGCGGAUGCGAGGAAGGCUGUUUUGGAGAGGAUGGCUCAGAGGGCGAAUGCUGCUGCUGCUGAGAAGACGGUGCUGCAGGCUGAAGGGGCCAAGAAGAAGGGGAAAGGGAAGAGGAAGCCGUGA